AUGCGCUUCUCUACCGCCAUCGCUGCCGCUUUGCCCCUCCUGGCCAGCGCGCAAGAAGUUCCGCAAUACCAGGCCCAAUUCCAAAACUACCUGGAUAAGUUCUGGUCCUAUGUUCCGAACCCGAGCAAGUCGGAUCCCAUCGGGGCCGCAGAGGCCAAGAUUGGCGAGCUGAAGAUGGAUGUUAUUACCCUGGAGAACUGGAGGGACGUUCUGUACGGCCAUGUGUCGCCCCAGAGCACCACACCCGAGGAGACUUGGGUGUUGAUCACUGGUAGAAACAAGACUUGCUUCGGUCACUGCGAUCGCAUCGAGGAGGCCUUCAACCAGACUGCGGCCAAGUUCGCCGUCACCCCCGGCGCUCCUCACACUGCACUGCUCAACUGCGAGGAUGAGCCUGUUCUGUGCAACUCCUGGUCUGCGCCCGCCGGUGCUCUAUGGAUCUUUGAGAUGCUGCCUCCUCCAGCUUCCAUCAACCUCUGGGCCAAGCGCCUCAACAUGACCACCGUCACCAGCGACGACUUUGUCAAGCUGCAGCAGGAUGGCUACAAGGAGCAGGCCAAGCUGCACGACGGUAUCUUCCACCCAUUCAAUGGCUGGUUCGCCCAGAACGGACUGUCCACUAUUGUUGGCUAUGUUCUCUGGUUCUUCAACUUGAUCCCCAGCUGGCUCUUCAUGGUCUGCGUGUCCAUGCUCAGCCGAACUAUGAUGUCGAACCGCAUGAACAACCAGAUGGCUGGUGGUCCCCGACCUGCGGCUACCGGCCAAGCUGCUCCGCGUCGAUAA